UUUAACCUUCAGCCUUCGACAUGUUCACUACGCAGUAGCAACAACGUGGGUUAUGCUGCAGACCGAUGUUCUGAAACAGUCUGCAACGUAUUGACUGUACAUUAACCAAUGUAAAAUUAUUUCUCCCUCCUGAUGACAUAAUCGCCUCAUUAUGGGCAAACAGCAGAAGAAGAAGAAUGUCGCCGAUAAAGUCCGCAAGACCAAAACUUCGACGGAGAUCAAGAAUAACCCAUUCGAAGUAAAGAUAAACAAGAAAAAAUUUGACAUUCUCGGCCGGAAGACCAAACAUGAUGUUGGGCUCCCUGGUGUGUCCAGAUCCAAGGCUAUCAAUAAACGGAAAAAUACACUGUUGAAGGAAUAUAAACAGAAAGGCAAAGCAAACAAGUUUAUCGACAGACGGUUUGGUGAAUAUGACACCAAGAUGGCACCAGAGGACAAGAUUCUACAGAGAUUUUCUUUGGAGAGACAGCGGACUCUGGAGAAGAAGGACAUUUACAACCUGAACGAGGAUGAGGAGCUGACCCACUAUGGCCAAUCAUUGGCCGAGAUGGAGAAGCUCAAUGACAUUGUCGACAGUGAUAGUGACUCGGAGGAGAAAGGACUGUUGUCUGCGGAACUCACGGCCUCACAUUUUGGAGGUGGGGGUGGUCUCCUAAGAAAGAAAAGCCCAGGAGAGAAAGAGGAUGAGGGCUCCCAGAAGGCAAAAUCUCGCCAGGAACUUAUAGAGGAGCUCAUCAUCAAGUCCAAACAGGAGAAGAGAGAGCGUCAGACUCAGAAAGAAGAGGCCCACGUUCUGACAGAGAAGCUGGACCAGGAGUGGAAGUCCAUCCAAGGUCUACUGUCCCACAAAGGCUCCAAAGCCCAAAGCCAGGACCAGACGGAAAAGCCUAAGCUGGAUGAUUAUGAUAUGAUGGUAAGAGAGCUUGGCUUUGAGAUGAAGGCUCAACCUUCAGAGAAACUGAAGAGUGAGGAGGAGCUGGCUCGGGAGGGGAGAGAGAGGCUGCACAUACUGGAGGCAGACAGAUUGCGCAGAAUGAAAGGUGAUUUGGAGGAGGGGCCCAAGAAAAAAACGGUUCACUUCUCUGCUGAUGACUUGAAUGACGGCUUCAUUUUGGACAAAGAGGACAAGAAGAUGCUGGCUUAUCAGGAUGGAAAGUGGAGUGUGGAAGAGGAAGAGGAGAAAGAGGGGGAAAGUGAAGAAGAGGUGGAGGAAUGUGAAGAGGAAGAUGAUGGUGAUGACGACGGUGAUGACGACAGUGGCAACGAUGAGGACGAAGACGACAGCAAGGAAGAUGCUCACUCGGACCUGGAGUCAGAGCAGGGCAGUGCAGAGGAGGAGGAGCUGGACAAAGAUGAAGAGGAAUUCCCAACUGCCAGCGCUCCACGCCCUCUCAGCGAGGAGGAGAGGAAGGCUCAGCAGGAGAUUGCAAAGGCCGAGCUGCCCUACACUUUCAAAGCUCCAGAGAGCACAGAGGAACUGAAGAGCAUGUUGCAGGGCCACUUCCCAGAGAAACAGCGCCUAAUACUGGACAGGACUCUAAAGUCCAACCACCCAAGUUUAGGAGUCGGCAACAAAUUAAAGCUACAGAAAAUGUUUGGCUUCCUGCUGGAGUACAUGGGGGAGCUGGCUAGCAGUAAGCCUCCUGAGCUGAACACCGUCAACAUUCUCAUUCCGCAGCUGUAUGGACUUAGUCAGCUCUUUCCUGCUGCAGCCUGCAAGGCCAUGCAGACACUGCUUACUGACAGUGCACAUGACAUUGAAGAAACGGUUGAAGUUACAGGACGUGCUGCCUUUCCAGGCUUAGACGUGCUCAUUUAUCUGAAGAUUACAGCUCUGCUGUUCCCCACCUCUGAUUUUAGACACCCUGUCACCACACCAGCAUUUCUUUGCAUCAGCCAGGCCCUUACCAAGUGUCCCCUGACUUGUCUGCAGGACGUGACGUGUGGCCUGGUCCUGUGCUGUCUUGCUCUGGAGUACGUGGCCCUCUCUCAGCGCCUCUGCCCUGAGGUCAUCAACUUCCUGCUGGGAGUGCUACACCUCGCCGUGCCUGACAAGACUAACCUUGGGUAUUCGGUGGUGUCCCCUUUCAAGCAAGUAGGCCGGUUCGGUGAGCUGCUAGUGCUGAGCAGCCCGGAGGCCCCUGAGGGUUGGAGCAGGAAGGCCCUGCCUCUCUCCGCAACCCAAGGGCUCCAGCUCCACAGCCACCUGGAGACGAACCACUACAGGCUGUCGUUGCUGGAUACCUGUUUAGACCUUGUGAAGAAGUUUGCCGUUUUAUAUAAGGACAUCCCUUCCUUCUUCCACAUCUUUCAGCCAAUCAGGGCUGCUCUUAAGCACCUCCCUUUGAAGAACUACCCAUCCACUUUACAGGAGUGUCACAGGGAGGUCCUGGAGGCUCUACCAGAGACUCCUGCAGAGCAGCUUCCCCUGGUCUUUGAGAAGAAAAAGCCCAUUCCUCUCAAACUUCUUACCCCUAAAAUUGUUGAAGUGCUGGACUAUGGCAAGAAGCGAGGCAACACCAAGGAGCAGCGAGAGCAGGAGCGGUUGAAACACAAGUACAAGAAGGAGUUCAAGGGCGCACUCCGAGAGAUCAGGAAGGACACACGCUUCCUAGCCCAGGAGAAGCUUUCUGAUGUCAUGAGAAGGGAUUCGGAGAGGAAGAGGAAGGUGAAGGAGCUCCUUGGCAGUUUAUCUACUCAGGAGGGAGAGUGGAAAUCCCUAAAGAAGAUGAAGAGGAAGUGAGCAGGAGUGGAAACGUCCCCACACGUAGAACACUGUUCCCAGACACAACUCGAGCUUCAUUGUUGUUGUGCUGGUGUGACCUAUGGAACUAAACACCAUUCCGUUUAUAUUGUCAUGAAGCUGGAUGCUGUCCUGCAAAAUAACUUCAGGCUGGCCUUUGACAUGAGUUUUUAUGGCCGAGUUGAUACUGGACACUGAGCUAAAGCCACCUGGUCUGGCUGAAUCCGUGUUUAAAAAUGUUAACUUUUUUUUAUAGAUUUAUGUUUUGUGAAUAUUGCCAUUUUCUGAAAUAUACCUAAUGAAAAAAGUAA